AGCCACUGCUUCCCCAACCGUAGGAGCGGGUACAUAUAAAACGCUCGCCGCCGUUCGCCAUUCGUUUCCACGCAUCCCUUCCACUGACUCCACUGCUUCUCACCCAACUCGCGCGCGCCAUUCCUUGCCUUCUCCGCCCUCUCAUCUCAUCAAGGAAAGCUCGCGCUCACGCAUCGUGUCGCUGGCCAUGGCCGUGCAGGCGCAGCGCCUCGCCCAGGCUUUCCCUUACGACCUCCACGCGGCGGCGAGCGGCGGCGCCCUGUUCCUGGACGAGCUCGCCGGCGAGUGCGCGCCGCCCAUGGCGGCGGUGGAAGGGAUCGGGGGCGCGGUGGUGUUCGGCGGCGACAACGGCGAGUACGGGUUCGUGGAGAGGAAGCGGCCGCGCGUGGCGGCGGGUCUGUUGGAGGACCAGCGCGCGGUCCUGGCGCACGCGAUGGCGGCGCCGCUGCAGGGGAUCUUGCCCUUCGGGGAUGUGGCGGGCAGGGCGGCGUGCGCCGGCGCGGCGUCCACCAGCGGGAGGAGGAUGGACGGUGCGGGCGGAAUCUCGCAGGGCCUUCUUUCGCAGCUCUACCACCAUGGCGUGGAGAUCGACGCGCUCGUUCGGCUCGAGGCCGAGCGGAUGCGCGCGGGGCUGGAGGAGGCGCAGCGGCGGCACGUCCGGGCGCUGGUGGCGGCCGCGGCGCGCGCCACGACGGGGAGGGUGCGUGCGGCGGAGGCCGAGCUGGAGCGCGCGCGCUGCCGCAACGCGGAGCUGGAGGAGAAGCUCCGCCAGGUGAGCGCGGAGGGGCAGGCGUGGAUGGGCGUCGCCAAGAGCCACGAGGCCGUCGCCGCCGGCCUCCGCGCCACGCUCGACCAGCUCCUCCUCCAGUCCCCCUGCGCCGCCGCCGCCGCCGCCGCCUCCGCGGGGGAAGGCGACGCCGAGGACGCCCACUCGUGCUGCUUCGAGACCCCCGCCGCCGCCGCCGAUGUCGCGGUCUCCACGGCGACGUCGUGCAAGGCAUGCCGUGUCGCGGAGGCGUCCGUGCUGCUGCUCCCGUGCCGCCACCUGUGCCUGUGCGGCGCCUGCGAGGCCGCCGCCGACGCUUGCCCCGUCUGCGCCGCCACCAAGAACGCCUCCGUCCAUGUCCUCCUCUCCUGAAGUCACACGAACCACAGCUAUGGCGAGACCGAAACCGACCAUCCGGCGUCAAGCAAAGCUAACAACAAUCAUCCUGUCCCAAGUUACAUGGAAAAUUCAUGCCACGGUUCAGUGCAUCGGUGAUCUCCGGGCCACGCGAGUUUUUGUCGGUGGAAGCAACAGUGUUCGGUGCGGUGGAUUGAAUGGUUUGAUUGCCGAUCGAUCUCAUCUGCCGCAGGUACCGUUGCUUCAAAAGAUUUGGCAGCAAGUGGGGGGCAGUCUAAAAUGGACCUACUUCUACGAACACAAUCCCUGUCCAUAAUUGGCAGUUUGGCACCGGCGUAUAAAUGCACUGGUUCACUUGUCGCCGUUGUCCGGGGUUACACGGUUCAGCUGGCAGAUUAAUUAUCUUCAGAGGUGUGGUGUGAACUGUGAAGUGAUGGAGGUGUUGUUCUUGAGAUGAACAGAGACAACAAAGGGGGUUACAGUUACAGUUACAGUCAGACGAGAUGCUAUACAAAUGAGAAAUGACAGCAGCUGAUGAUGGCCGCUGCAACCCAAAGCUCCACGCAUGAUGGUCGAAAGUGCGGCGUUUCAGAAAUCUGCUUCGGCUGUGUCGGCCACCAUCGAAGUUAUUCUGAACAUAAAUUGGUUUGGGUCAAAACUCUGCUUUGCUUUGGAGUGCAGAAAGGGAGUGUAGAGGCGCACUAACGAUUAGGGGUCGAGUUGUGCGAGGAUCCUGUACAAGAACAGCAGGAGAUUUUUUGCGCAUGGAACAUCGAAAAUGCCUUGAUCAAAGGCAUAAUUAGAAAGAUUGUCUUGUAAAAUUGGUCAAAGUUUUUGUUCCAAUUCAUGUAGCGAUGUGUGAUCCUGCGGUCCUUCAAUCAGCAGGAAUUGUUUCUUUUUAAUUAAAAAGAAUGACGAUUCUUAUCUGAUCAAGUGACUAUUUGACGUUUUA